AUGGACUCAGUCGCACCAGUUCUGGAGCAACACCAAAGAAUGCGCAUACCGGCCGGCGAUGGUGCCAUCGCAGCUCCCCCCACCCCCCAUUAUCCCGCGAUUGUGUCCCUGAACCACUACAUGAUUAAUGUAUUGAUUUUUGGAGCGUUGUGCAGAAAAGGAACGUCAACUUCCACUGGCCAUGUGGCACGUCCUUGCGCGGGUAUUGACGAAGGAGAAGACGAUGAGCGAUAG